CGCGACCCGGCACACCCUUGCAAAUUGCGCACCCCUCCUGCAGCUCAAACAAUGCUCGCCACCUCGAUGCUCUCGCUCUCGGCCAACCGCGCGGAGGUCUCGACCGGCAACCUCCGUGGCGACGCGGGGAAGUUCGAUAACCUCAAGGCCUCGUGGGAGAAGGGGCUGGAGAUCGGCGACUUCAAGACCAAGGUGGCGGCCAAGUACGACUACAACUCGAACAAGGACUUCCUCAAGGAGGUCUCCUUCUCGGGCGACCUGGUCGAGGGCGACUCCGCGGACGACGUCUCGGUCUCGUACGAGCUGCGGCGCGACUUUGCGAGCAAGCGGUCCGACGUGCGGCUGACGGCCUCGUCGCAGGGCACGACCCUGUCGGCCGAGUACGACACGGAGGACCAGCUGACGGAGGUUGCGGUGCAGCGCGAGGUCGACCUCGGCGACCAGAAGGUGGACGUGCAGCCGAGCUGGAUGGUCAAGGCCAAGGCUGCGCGCGUCAAGCUCAUGUCCGGCCUCAACAACGGCAAGGACAAGGUCUCGGCGCAGUUCGACUACGACGUCGACGGCAAGGAGGUCGGCGCGCUCGAGGUCGGCUUCACCCGCCAGCUCAAGGCGGGGCAGACGCUCGCCGCCUCGUACAAGCCCGACAAGUCGGACCUCGAGGUGUCGCUGCAGGACGACAACUUUGAGGACGGCGCGACCUGGACCGCGACCGCCAACGUGCCGCUCGAGUCGGCCGACGCGAACCUCCUCGACGCGGCGCGCGUCACCCUCAAGCGCUCCUGGGGCUGGUAGACCCGCUCGCCCUCCGGCCCUCCCCUGCCGCAGUAGAGGGGCGACGGCACAGCCGCGAGAGCCGCCCAUCUGUUGACCCCUCAACAGUGACGACUCAGAUGUGUGCGUGUGUAUGUGCAUGGAUGGAAAGCAUGAUACACCUGUCGCAACACCAACAUGAGAGCGAGAGAGAACAGAUAUUCCGCGCUGGCAGCGGCCGCUGGCCCUGCUCUGAGACGCGCGACACGAACCGUCACAGAAAAGCGCGUGGGCGUGUGCGCGCUGGCGCCGACCGCCGUGGCGGUCACAAGACACAACUCGCCACCGACUCUGUCAGUACUCGCGAGGGGACGCGGACGCCGGACCGGGCCGUGGCGACUCACAACGCCCGCCCGCGGCGGCUAGUAGCCCAGCCGCGCGUUGAGCGACGUCUUGCCGGAUCCGUCCUGGUCCGCCGGCGGCACCCACUCGCCCCCGCCCUCCGCCUCGCCGCCCGCCUCCGCCGCCUCGCGCCACCCGCCUCGGGGCGCCGACUGCGGAGGGCGGGCGGGCCCGAUGGCGCCGGGGGCGCGCCGUGCGGCUGGCUUGGGCGCCGCCGAAGCCGCGCAAGUGGUGGACGCGCCGGCUCGCAUCUGGUUGAGCCCAGCCGGCAUUGCGGCCUCGUCCUGCUCCUGCUGCUGCCGCAAGUGCGUCUCGCGCACGGUGCGCACGUGCGCCGCGUCGGGACGAGCGGCGCCAAACCCGAGGCCGCUCCCCUCCUCCGCCGGAGGAGCGCGGCCGCCGCUGUCGCCGCCCGCGUCGGCGCCGACCCCGUCCUCACCCCUCUGGAGUCGCUCGACCGCCGCGGCGUACUCGGAGGCGAAGGCUGCCGCCGCGCCCUCGCGACGCCCGAGCGAGGCGGGCCCCGGCCCGCCGUCUGCGCGGCCAAGCCCGCCGCCCGGGGCGGAGCCC